GGAGGAAUAUUAAAAGCAAAUAUUCUGUUCCAAAAGAAAACAAAGUGAGAAGAGGAGAGGACAGCGGUGUAGUUGUAACAAAGCGGCAAUGCAAGAAGAAGAAUAAGAAUAAGUAGAAGGAGUGUCUUUUCAGAUAUGUUGCGAGAUGUUCUUCUUUUUGCAAUUCCUUUAGAAUAAAUAAACUAGCUAGUAUUGCAUUACAUAGAGAGUAAGAGAUGGAGUUUGCAAUGGAACAGAGUAAGAGCUUUGUCUUCGCCCUUCAGGAACUUAAGAACCUGAGGCCUCAACUCUAUUCUGCUGCAGACUACUGUGAAAAGUCUUAUCUCCGUAGUGAUCAGAAAGAAAUAGUUCUUGACAACAUGAAAGAUUACGCUGCAAGAGCUCUUGUUAAUGCUGUUGAUCAUCUUGGGACUGUAGCCUGCAAGUUAUCUGAUCUUCUUGAGCAGCAAACAUUGGAUGUUUCAACCAUGGACUUGAAGAUCUCUACUCUAAAUCAGAGACUUCUUACAUGCCAAGUAUACACAAACAAAGAGGGUGUUCGGCAACAACAGCUGUUGGCUAUUAUUCCUAGACAUCACAAGCACUACAUUUUACCAAAUUCGGUCAAUAAAAAGGUGCAUUUCCGUCCAUACAAACAGACUGAUGCAAAACAAAAUUCAUUUAGAACCAGAAAUCGUCCUCAACCUUCAGGUACCCCUGUUGCAAAAACUCUUUCAUGGCAUCUAGCAUCAGAAACUAAGUCGACCUUAAAAAAACGGAGUUCACAUGCUUCAAAAAAAAUCAAGGAUGCAAAAUUCUCUGCCAAGACCACUGGAGUUUUCCACCUUACAGUUGCAUGCCGGCAGAUAAUGAAGAGAUUACACGGUUCAAACCUUCAGCAUCGAACAACCACGUACCAAAUGGAGUGCCUACUUCUGGUGCUGCCACCCAAACACUCGGUGUCACAGGAAGGGAUGCAUUAGAGGAUUUCCGACCAUUGACAACAUUUGGGUCCUUUGACAAUCGAAAUGUGCAUGAGACUGUCCAUGUUCCUAGUCGCAGCAAAAGUGUGCUAUCAAGUUUUUUUGUCAAGCAAAGAUCUGCAAAAUUGAGAGCCGGCUCGGUCUCAUAAAUACCUCUUCAGGCAAAUGCUAGCCAUUCUGUUUUGUGACAGAUUUUGACAGAAGAGUUAAGGAAACACUUAAAUCUACUCAGUUGCGUUAUGCCCUUUCCAUUCACUAUGCGUCCACAAAUGCCCAAAAUUACUUGAUUUUUUCUUCUUUUGGUAAAUCAAAGUAUCCCGUGCAUAACUGCGGAAUAGAAUUACUUUAUUUUAUAUUUGUAGUUUAUGUCUUUGAAUAAUGACAGUGCAUAAUAAUUGUAUAGUAAGGCUAGCUGGUAGCCCCAAAGUAAUGAUGAUCAAAAAUAUAAUCUUCUGCUUGCUAGAUUACUCAAGGCAGCCAUAUACUUGUGAA